UCCACAUUUCGCAUUUGUUAUGGGUGGUGUACCACUUCCGUGAAUAUUUAUCACAAACGAAGGGCUUAUCUGAAUGUAACAAAAGAUGUAAAUCGAAUUAUGAUCAUGAGUGUUAAAGUAAUUAUUAUAUUAAGUAUUGUGCUAUCGGUCUCAUGACCAGUUAGGUUUCAACUCGCGAUCAGUUUAAACGUAUACGAUGGGCGAAGUUGUUAGUUUAUUUUCCGUCAUAAUAAUGAAAUUUAAAUCAAAGUUCAACCAAAGUAAAAUUUAUUUUCACUGCGAGCUUCCUUGGGAGAAACUGAAAUCUGUAAAAUGGAUGAACGAGAGGGCUACAUCGAAUAAGGCGUAUGUUCCCACCAAGGUGGAAAAUGUAGCGAACGUUUGUACGCAUGCGCUGUGCGUUGCGCCCGCGUCUCUCGGGGCGCGGGAACUUCUCACUCGCUCUAUGAACGCACCACAAGCGAUUGCAGCCAUUGUCUAUGGCCUGGCGUUAUGUCUGCUUUUCGCGGUAUCAACCACCUUCCAUUCAGUAUGCUGCUGUGGCUCAGACAGCAAAAUGAAACACUUCCUCCACCGCUGCGACCGUGCUAUGAUAUACAUAUUCAUCGCGAGCUCCUACUUCCCCUGGUUAACCGUGGGCACCCUCUCCUGCUGGAUGCUUCGAGAACUCCGCUGGGCGAUCUGGCUACUGGCAGUAUUGGGCAUCACCUAUCAGCAGAUAUUCCACGAGCGCUACAAGAUGCUGGAGCUGUUGCUAUACUUGGUCAUGGGGCUCGGACCGGCUGUGAUCAUUGUCACCUCAAAUCACCAGUUUCCAGCGAUGCAAGAUCUCAAGCUAGGCGGUAUGUUGUAUCUCAUAGGGGUGUUUUUCUUUAAAUCAGACGGUCGCAUACCUUUCGCGCACGCAAUAUGGCAUAUCUUCGUAGCCCUCGCAGCGAGUGUACACUACCUCGCCAUUCUGCGCCACCUCUUCCCCGAACUCAAAACUCAAUGAAGACUGCCCUAUUCAAUUUCAAUUACAGCUCUCUAAGCUAUUCUCGUAUAACUCGAUAACUGGAUAAUUUGCGCGGUCAGGCGACAUGUCAAUUGCCUGCCCCCCGGUAUCAAUGGCAAUUACGUACGUGAAGAGCGAAAAACAUUUCAUCCUAAAAUUGUAAAAAUGUUAUAUGGCAACAAAAUCUAAAAAGCGUUAUCGAGCUAUACGAUUCGUUUUCCAGUUUCAAAAUCUGUGUCUAGAUUAAAUUUGAAGUAAUUUCUAGUCUAUAGUAGAACUAUUUCGCGGUCUAUGUUAAUGUUUUUAAUGUGUACCUAUAAAGAACGCCAUUUCACAAGGAGCAAAGGUUUCGUUACGCAAGUAAAUUGAAGGCCUUUUCGCAUUCAAGUGGAAUGUAAAUACUUAAUUUACUUGUAUGAGUGACGUCAUAUAACUCGGUUAGAGCAUAUAUCUGGUUUCGUGGUUGUAAUCGAUAAAUUCAUUGACAUAGGAGUUACAUGUAUUACAGGACUUAUGCAAUGACUUUCGCUAAAUCGGACUCUAAGUGUUACAAAUGUUUCAUAUUUUUAGCAUGACUGAAUUUCUUACAGUACAUAGGUGUUUCAGUAGGCCUCUGACUCAGGCAAUAUGCCAAAUCUUCAUUGUUUUUAACUUCUUAGAGUCCGAACAAAAACUGCUCAAGAUUUUCUUUGUAGGCACUAAAACGAUUGUUGGCCAUGAGCACUUUUAGAAAAUUUUUGAUAGAAAAAAAGAGUAAAACCUAUUGUUCUAAAAGUAACAUAUUUUACAAAUUGAAAAUUAUUUAAUUUUCCAUUAAAACUUUUCCUCUGUUUGUGUAAAAUAUUCGUUAAAUAAAUUCAAUUAUACUUUGCGAAGUCGGUAACCGCUAGAGGGUUUUGACCUUUCACCCGCGAGUUUCCUUUGCACCUCGCCUCUUUUCAGCCAUUUAGAGGGACCCGGAAUCCAAUGGAAAUUUUUUAAUGUUUAUGUCAACUUUAUAACAUAAAAUUCACAUACUGUUUUUUCAAUAUCGUAAAAUAAAAUUUCCUAUUGAUAAUGGACUCGGAUCUCAUAACGGGCCAAAUAAUUCAAUAUCAUCCUACGAAGGUAAUUAAUUAUCAAUAAAAAUCAAAACAUGAACAUAGACCGUUGCGCCAAAUAGACAAAAAUAUGAUCGUAAUUUGUGUAUAUUUUGUAAAAUAUUGUUGAAAAUCUUAUUGUUGUAGAGUCGUAGUCGUAUCACAGAAUCUCGAGACCAAACCGACCCUUUUUAGAAAAUUUAAAUUAAUGUGUAUUAGAAUUUUUUAGAGACGUUUAUCUAUCUAUACUUACCUGUGAACUACUUUUAUACAAUACAUGGAUUUUUCCUUAGAAUAGUUAGUUGGUCGUGUGUCGUCUUAGCGUAGUACCUAAAGUGUAUGUUUUUGUGUUAAUACGUAUAUUAGAUAUUUUUCGAUAAUUAAACACCUACAGGUAUCCUGUUUCGUGAUCGUUUUCGUAUUCCUUUAGAUUUAAUUCAAGUAUAUUUAAAAUUAACUAGCGAUUGCUCAAUCAUCGUGAGUUUAUGAUCCGUAGACUUCCAUUUUAGAAUUUUGAACUCACUAAAUAGGUACCAAUUUUAAUAUUCUUCAAAAUAAUUUUUCUCAUAAUAAUAACUGUAGAUCUUUUAUUUAUAACUUCAUAAGGACUUGUGAAUAGUAUGGUGUCCCUUGUUUUGAUAUAACAUUUUUAACCUUAAUAGAAUCUUUUCAUGACAUCUUUCCUCAAUUUUGUUUGUUAUCUUAUUCAUCGAAUCGAAAUCUCAGUUUAAAUAGUGUCCAAUAUUUAUAUACAUUUUAUUUAUAAAUUAAUAUCGCGUGCUAAAAGAUCUGAUGAAUGCAUUUACAGACAGAGAGAGAGCAAUUAUCGGAAUGCGAUGAAAUAUUUUCCGUGUACCUUGUAAUGAAAUAUUUAAAUUCAUUACAGUUCAUUUGAGUCAAUGUUAAAAUGGCUGAUUGUCCAGUAUUGUGUAGUGAUAAGGAGACAAUCAAGAUUGUUGGGAAACUAGGGCGUACUGACAGUUGACACUAGGGUGACGUAUGUAGGCCGUAUGAAUAUGCAUUUAAGUGCUUUUAAAACGUCUUGAGCUCACGAACUACAAUAUCAAAGCGGAUGUGAGAACCCUUAUAAUGUGAAUAUGUUUUUUACUCCAAUAAUAUGCCUAAGAACGAUGGAACUUUUGAAUUUUGAAUCUGUUUGAGUGAAUAUUUUAAGUACGGGAUUCUUUUCGUUUUUCAGAAAUUAAUUUUCAUAACUUAACUAAUCAAAAUUUUUGCGAAACGAGUGUUUGUAGCUGUUGUAUGUGUAGGUGCUCAAAUCUAACAAGUGAUAAACUCAUGCAUCUGCGAAAAAUCGCACUUGAGUCAUCAAAUUUCGGGACUACCUAUAAAAAAAGUACUUUUUUGUAACUAUCAAUUUGUAAACUGGUCCUCGUAUUCGCUUUGAGUUCACAGCCGAACUUUUUUAAAUUAAUCUCCCGACAGACUGUCAGUUGAGAGGCUCUGAUCAGUGAAAUAUAAAAAUUACAAUUUCAAUUCAUUUAAUUUUCGCUGAUAUUCGAUUUGAUUCCAAAUUUCACCUAGAUAUUGGAUCUGUACAAGUAAUUUCUUAACAAAAAAAUUAUUUUACGAAUUUAUUAAUCUAAAGCGAACGUAUUGACGGCAAAUAAUUUACAAUUACUGUAUUAUUAUAUUUUUAUUCUACAAUAUCUAGUCAAAAAGUUGCCCAAUGAUGAAAAAAAAUAAGUGAUCUGUCUCAAUAUUUUAAUGAAUUUGAUUUAUUAUUUAGAUUUUUUAUUUAUUUAAAUGAUUUUUUAUUGGGUUACAUAAUCUGCUGUAGAAAAGGUGACAGGGUAAAAAAAAAUGCGAUGGCACAAAAAAAAAUGUAUCUACAUUUAAUUUAAAUGAUUAUAAUUGUAUGUUCACUUAUAUGUGAGUAUUAUUGUAUGAAUUUUAAUUUUAUGGAAAGCAUGUUAUUUUUAGUGUGAGGUAAAUUGUAUUAUAUACAUUAUUGUUAAGCGAUGAAGUGACAACUAUAUCAAAGAUUACUGGAGGAUAAGAAAAAAGAAUAUUCUAGAAACAGUCGUAUUAAUUGUUCUCGUUGCGUGCAUUUUUCACUUAUUAGUAUAUUAUUUAAAUGAAUUAUGUUUUCAGACCAGUUUGUUAUGGUAAUUCUGUGUUACCAUAAAAAUUUAUGUGUUAAAAUAUUACUUGGUUUAAUUUGCAUUUAAACAUACACGCCUCAUUUUUGUUACUUUUCCAUUAAAGGAUAAAAUAAACUCGAAUGCAGAGUUAGCGCGCUAAUCUCAUGGUUCGCUUAUUGGAAACAUAAUGGAAAUUUUCAGACUACAUAUUAAACUUUGAUCUGGUCCAAAUGAUAAAUGAAAUCAACAAGUUAAGAAAAUUUCUAAAUUAUCGAGCUUCAAGAGUGGAUUCUUCUGACUUCGCUUAUAAAGAAAAAAAUUGUCAGGGCACUGGCAAUAGAUUUGUUAAUAUUUUUAUUGAAUUAAAUCCCAACAAAAAUUUGUAAAGACAGUUUGAUGAAUAAAUAAGUCAGUCUUCCAAGUUAAAUGAAAUGGGUAAAAUUUCAAUGUAGGAAUUGUUCUUUUUAAAAGCAGUGAUAUAAGUCGAAAGUUCCUACACACUCUUUUAAUUGGACGUACGUGGUCUCAGCAAAAUAGUUGCCCAAAUUUAAUACAUGUAUAUAAUAUAUAAUAUAAUAUAUUAUUAUCAAAGAUGGACGAUUGCAGUUUUCGGAUUGUAGGUAACAUAUCGUUUAAAACUACCCACUUAUUUACUAAAUUACACGUAUAGUAUAAUCCUCCUAUUGUCAGAGAAUAAUUAAAUAAAAUAAUAUUAUUCUCGUAUUAGUUUUCUUCUAAGAAGACUGAGAGAUGCAAUGCAUUCAUAAUGAUCAUAAACCUUGUAUUGUAAUUUCAAAUUGUAUGUAAAAAUUAGGUCGUCUAUUUUGCUGGGAAUUUUUAUGAACUAUUAUACAUAUGUAUUUUUGAAAAUUAUGUGAUUUAGCAUGACACUUUGGAUUAUAUCUGAUGUUUAUGUAUAAAAUAGAGGUUCAUUAAAAUGUUAAAUACAUCCUAGAGACGAUUGUUGUGUAUAUUUAUGAUUUCAAUGUUUAUUAGAAAUUUGAUCUAUUUUUUGCCGUCUUAAAUAUAAAUAUGUAACUGGUUAUUAUUUAACAAUUCAGCAGCUCGUAGACGCAAUUUAUUUUGAAAGCAAGCUUAUCUCUCUAAGUAUAGUCUGUAGGAACAGAUCAAUGCUUUCCCAGUUAAGGAAAUUGAUUUCAAUUAAAAAUCUGUUUGUCUGCUAUUAAAAAGGUAAAAUAAUAUUGAACAUUUGAACGAUUUGUUGAUAAUUUCACAUGUAAUAGAACCUUUAUAAUAAUUUAAUGUACAAGUUGUUUAUUUAAGACCAGUUAUUUAUAUCUUUAAUACUUUGUUAGUGAACCAGUGUCUUCUAACAAGUGUAUUUUUUAAUCUUAAUAGCAUGUUACUUCAUACGAUCCUGUUAUCUUUGAGCAGUGGUAUAGUUUUAUAGAGGUUUUUGGGAACUCAAUAAAACUUUUACAU